AUGAGCUUUGAGACUUCUACGGCACAUCAAAUUUGGAGCUAUGUUGUUUUCAACUCUCUCUUUGCUAUCAUCAUCUCGUUCAAUCUGAGCCUCAUUGCAGGACUGUGGUAUUAUCCCACACAAACGCUGCUUGGCUUUAUCAUACCCUACUACAGUUACAUCAAAAUCUUGGCUCCCGCUGAAUUCAUGGCAACUGGAAUGCGGUGGCAGAGUUUCAGCAAAGACUUUGCGGUACUUCACACGAUGCGAAAGCAUUUGACCCUACGCUUUGCACCACCUCCCAAGAAAUUGGUCCAAGCCGAAGGCAAACCCGACGCUCAGUUUCUGAUUGCAACAUUCCCACAUGGUGUUGCAUCAGAAUAUCGAGUUGCUAUGGAUGGAAUGAUGCGCGAAGUUUUCCCUAAUGUUCAUGACAAGGUUGUCGUCCUGACGGCUUCUGUGCUCUUUGCCAUUCCAUUGGUACGUGAACUGGCCUUGUGGACGGGUUGUGUCGACGCUAGAAAGUCCGUCGCAGAAAAGGCGAUUUCCAUGGGUCGAUCGAUUCUAGUUCUACCCGGUGGAGAAGCCGAACAGAUUCGGACCAUCUAUCAAAAGGAGAGGGUGUAUUUGAAACGUCGCAAAGGUUUUAUCAAGUUGGCAUUGAAACAUGGGAUUCCCGUCGUGCCAUCCUAUCUGUUUGGUGUAAACGACUAUUACUACACCUCCAGUAUUCUAUUUCAACCAAGAUUGUGGCUGCAAAAGAGCAUGGGAAUUUGCAUCCCUAUGGCAGUUGGGUUGUAUGGCUCCAUAUUUUGCCCAUUUGCAGUCCCAACCACUGUUGUGUAUGGAGAACCGUUGUCCUUUACGGUGAAAGACAAACUUUCUCCAACAUCUGAAGAAUUGGACGCUGCUCAUGAUCAAUUCUGUAAGGCAUUGAAGGAUCUGUUUGAUCAACACAAGAAAGAGCUGGGGUACGGAGAUCGAGAGUUGGAAAUUAUGUGA